GUACGGCGAGCAGACAGUCCGUGAUGAUGAUGGAGCUCUGUCUGGUCGACGUCGCUCUUUAUGAUGCUAUCUGACAUUUCCACUGACAAUAUGUACAUUUUUCUCGCUUGAAGCGCGAUGUGACUGUGGAUUCGAGUCAGAUAUGACUCGGAUGCUCGUAGCUAGCUAGCUUAGCCGUUAGCUUAGCCUUCAUCCAUCCUGGCCAUCACAGUCGGAGAGCUCCGGCAGGCGGCGAGCAGCUCCAGCUGAUCAGCCGCAGCACCACACACUCAGCCCGGCGAGGAGGUGCUGAUGAUGAGGCCUUAAAUGUCACAUCGGCGACGGUGUGUUCGCUCAUCAAAUACAGACAUGGCGUCGCAGCUCCAGGUGUUCUCCUCUCCCUCCGUGUCCUCUAGUGCCUACUCUCGUUCAAAGAGGCUCAAAGUUGAGAAUCCUGCCUGGGAUGUGUCCAACCAGGUGGGAGAUAAUGGUUACUACCAGCAGAGCCCUACCCAGGGAACUGCACCCUCCACUUCUGGCUCCAACUUCAACGCAGCGUACAACUCCAACCAGGUGCACCCGCCGACAGCCGGCUCCCGGGAGCAGACGGUGGUGCGGGCGGCGGACAGCACAGGGAGCGUUCGCGGACCUCCCUCCUCUUCUUCCUCCUCGUCCUCCUCCAGCCGUCGUGUCAAGGAUGCAGAGUCCUCCUCCCAGCCGUGCGACCUCUACCACAAGCAGUACAGCUUGAAACGUAAGAGCGAGGAGGUGGACAGCAGUGACAGCGUCCAGAUUCUGGAGGAGCUCUCAGCCCCUGUGGUCUCAAACCGCACCGGUGGUGGAGGGGGGACCACCACAGCUCAGUCCAUUGCACAUUCUACUUCUACCACAAAGAGCAGCAACUCCCACAGCGAGGGCGACUACCAGCUGGUCCAGCAUGAGAUUCUGUGUUCGAUGUCCAACAGCUACGAGGUGCUCGAGUUUCUGGGACGUGGCACAUUUGGCCAGGUGGCAAAAUGCUGGAAACGAGGCACAAAUGAGAUUGUUGCAAUUAAGAUCUUGAAGAACCAUCCCUCCUAUGCUCGGCAAGGUCAAAUUGAAGUGAGCAUCCUCAGCAGGCUGAGCACAGAGAACGCAGAUGAGUUCAACUUUGUCCGCUCAUACGAGUGUUUCCAGCACAAGAACCACACGUGCCUUGUGUUUGAGAUGCUGGAGCAGAACCUUUACGACUUCCUGAAGCACAGCAAGUUCAGCCCUCUGCUGCUCAAGUGCAUACGGCCGAUCCUGCAGCAGGUCGCCACGGCACUGAUGAAGCUAAAGAGCCUGGGGCUGAUCCACGCCGACCUGAAGCCUGAAAACAUUAUGUUAGUAGACCCUUUGAGGCAGCCAUACAGAGUGAAAGUCAUUGAUUUCGGCUCGGCCAGCCACGUGUCCAAAGCGGUUUGCUCCACCUACCUGCAGUCACGAUACUACAGAGCUCCAGAGAUCAUUCUUGGCCUUCCUUUCUGUGAAGCCAUCGACAUGUGGUCGUUGGGGUGUGUCAUCGCUGAGCUUUUCCUGGGGUGGCCCCUCUAUCCGGGUGCCUCCGAGUAUGAUCAGAUUCGUUACAUUUCCCAGACCCAGGGCCUUCCUGCCGAGUACCUGCUGAGUGCAGGAACCAAGACCAGCCGCUUUUUCAACAGAGGCCCCGACUCAAGCUACCCUCUCUGGAGACUCAAAACACCUGCAGAGCACGAGGCAGAGAUGGGCAUCAAGUCAAAGGAGGCAAGAAAAUACAUUUUCAACUGUCUGGAUGAUAUGAUGCAGGUGAACAUGACAAACCUGGAGGGGACGGACAUCUUGGCAGAGAAGGCUGACAGGCGGGAGUUUAUAGACCUGCUGAAGAAGAUGCUGACCCUGGACGCAGACAAACGGAUCACGCCCAUGAAGACGCUGAACCACCCUUUUGUUACCAUGACACACCUGCUGCAUUUCCCUCACAGCUCGCAUGUGAAGUCCUGCUUCCAAAAUAUGGACAUAUGCAAACGCAGAUGCAGCGCUUUUGAGAACGGAAAAAACAUGUUUGCAAGCAACAAUACUCCGAGUGCAGCCACCAACCUCACUGUCACCUUCAGUAGCCAACUAAACCAGCACAAUCAGAUGGCCUCGACAGGAGGCCAGUCCCUGUCCCUCAGCAGUAAUGUCCCGUUGCUGAACUACCAGCCUGGCCUCUACCAGCAGGCCACCAUUAACAUCCCUGGGCUAACCCAGCAGGGUGUGCCCCUGCAAACCAGACCCACCCAGCUCUGCACCCAGACUGAGCCCUUCCAACAAACACUCAUAGUUUGCCCCCCGACCAUCCAGGGUCUUCAAACAUCCAAUAAGCCUUCUGGUUAUCCAGUGAGGAUGGACAACUCUGUACCCUUAGUUCCCCAGAACCAGUCGUCCCAGUCUCUUCACAUCCAACCUGGCAUGCUGGCACAGCAGGGCUGGCCAGCAGGCACACAGCAGAUCCUCAUCCCUUCCACAUGGCAACAGAUGCCAGGCAUGGCCAUCCACAACCCUGGGCAGGCCGUGGUGCCUGACUCACCCAUGGGAGCCCCACUCUCCGACAGUCAACAAGCCUCUGGCUGGAGGGGUCGUCAUGGGAGCCAAUAUGAUGGCGCCAACCAGCAGGAUUCUGGUGCUGGCCGUCACGCUGCCUCCCAGGGCCACAACUCAGGGGCCGCUCACUCUAGAUCCCAACAGGGCAAGAGGUCAAAGGCUCGACAUGCAGAGAGCAGAGCCAGGCCUGUGUCUUCUGCCACCACUGUGGUCCACAACACGUCUGCUUUGGCUGGUGACCAGUCCCAGCCCAUCGUCAUCUCAGACACACCGAGUCCUGCUGUCAGCAUCAUCACAAUCCACAGCGACUCAGAGGACGAGGAUGACAGGAAGUUUCCUGCUGCCUGCUCUGGAACAAGCCAGAGGACCAACGUGAUCAGCUGUGUGACGGUGCAUGACUCCCAUGACUCGGACUCCUCCACCAGCAGUCCCCUGAGCCCCAAAACCACCUCACAGCCCACCAAGUCUCUGGCCAUCAUCAUGCCGUCCGUGAAGAGCCAGCCGGGGGAGAGCACAACACACAAAACUCCAGCUGCUCCAGAACAAGCUACAAGUGGCUCUGGAAAAUCCAAGAAAGGUUCAACUCAGCAGUCCAGUCGGGCAGGAGAUUCCACCACCGAGCGCCAUCAACGGGCCACAUCCAGCAGAUCUCAGCCUCUGAACCUGAGUCAGGUACAGCAGUCUGUGAUGUCAUCAUCCCUUGACCCAACAGGAAGCAGUGGCUCGCUCAGACGGCAGCCCACAUACCCCCCUCCCGUCUCGUCCCACUCAUCCUACCGCCUUCACGAGAACACCCUCUUCAGCUCAACCCCAAAUCUGUACGCCUACCCGGCGUCCGCCGCCCUGGCCUCUGUGUCCCAAGCUGUGGACCAGAUGCAAGGUGGCUCGUCCCGCCACAGCAGGGCGAGCGGAGCUUACUCUUCCCUGGCGCUGCUCCAGAAGAACAGCAGCUUGGCCCUGGGAGGGUCGGCUCCGGGACAGUACGGCAGCCACCACCAACAGCAGCAGCAGCAGACGCAGCAGCUGGGAGGGCAGCCUUUCCACCACGCCGGUGCUUCUUACCAGCGAAAACUCAACCAGUAUCCCUACCUGUGAAGACUGGCGACCAAACCGAGACCGAGACUAGAUACGAGCACAAGCUCAUCACGGCCAGGCUGUGAUUAGACUUUUAACUUUCCUUUAGCUGUCCAGUCCUUAUUUUUUACAAUUUUAUCUGAUUAUUGUGGAAAAAAUAAUCAUGUAAUGUUUUUAUGUUUUAUUGACAGUCAGAUUCUUUUUUUUAAUCUUUACCAACUUUGGAGUUUAAUUGUGUCGCAUACAGCAGGUUAACAGCGGCAAACAGUGCAGUCUGAAAGUAUCUGAACAGUGACAUGUUAAUUGUGUUGGCUCAGCCCACUCUAUUACAAUCGAUUUCAAAAUGACACAAUAUGUUUGAGGUUAAGUUUUUCAACCAGGACUUUCAACAAGACUUUUCCUUGAGCAAGACUUAGUGAGACCAGAUCAAGUGAAAGAUAAAGGAAAAUGUUUUAUUUCUCUGUCGGUUCCUUUCUUUAAAGUUGCCAGACACUUUUACUAACAAAUUGAUGCUUUGCAUUACAGCCGGCUUCAUGGCUGUCUCCUGCAGAACUCUCGCUCAGUAUUGGACCAAUUCAAAAAUUGCUGUCCCUUUUAGGGAAAAACACAAAACUGGUGGAAAAUAGUGUUUAAAAAUUACUGACAUUAAACUGACAUUUCCUUUUAAUUUAAGGAUUUUUACAUCCACAUCAUAUGAAACAAAUCCCCGAAUUCAACCGACAAAACAAAGCUGAAAAUUCUACUACUAACAGACUGCAAUGUUAAGCUGACGUGUUAAGCCCCAUUUUUUUUUAAUUAUAUUUGAGAAAUGAGUGUUGAGGAGAAACUGAAACUUGACUAAUUGUUGCUGCUCUGUAUUACUAUUAUCAUUAUUGUUAUUAUUAUGAUCAUGGUCAUCAGAAUCAUCAAAUAAUUGUUAAAAUGUUGCAUUUAAAUUUACAAAACCGCCUUACUUAUUUACAGUUUUGUUGUUAUUUUAAUAUGUCAGCACAUCUUGAUAAGUUAGAUUUUAUAUGUUUCAUUUAUGAAUGUACUGUGUGUGCCUGCGUGUGUGUUUUAUCUAUAUUCUAAAAAAGAGGAAACGUAAGCUAUGUACUGUAUAAUGAUGUGUCAAUGUGUUCUUCUGUUCUGUGCUGGCAAUUGACUUGAUUAUAUUUAUAUGUUUAGUAAGUUGAAUGACACAGUUCAGUGUAUAUUAGGGUGGCAUUUAGAGGGGAUUGGUGUGUUUUUUUACAGUUUUGAAGUUAUUCUUAAGGUUGCAUGUGUCUGACACGGAGUAGCAUUCAGGAGGUUCAUACAAACUGCAGCUGCACUGACUUUAAGUGUCGCUCUCAGACAGAUUCUUAAUGUUCGUUUUAAUUUGUACGACAAACAUAUUAAUGAUAUUGGGAAAAUGUAAAAGCUCUUGUCUUGUGAAGUGAUGUCUGUGAAGUAAAAGCGUGCACAUAAAAAUCUGAUUGGGUAUCACACUGUCAUUUCAAAGUCAAAGCCAUUUUAGAUUGCAACUGUAAAAUUCACAGUAAUGCAUUUUGAAUUGUGAAUAAUCAAAUCUGACAAAAGAUGAUUUUUAAAAGAGUAUUAAUUGAUGUUUAGUAUGUAACCGCUUCUAAACAAAUCAUUGGUUUGGUGAAAUGGUGGUUGUUCUUACAAUCCUGCUGUGUUGUGAAGUGCUACAUUACAUUGAACACACAAUGAACCUUAACCCGUAUAUACGCAAUAAAAUCUUCUCAAAACAGAA